CAUGCAGCGAUGGCUUAACUCUCUGAUCACCUCCACUUGACAUACCCAGGAUCCUCGAAGGUGCCGACUGACAGCCAUGUCUCGUAUCCAGUUUGCAGAGCCGAUCUCUAAGAAAGAAGAAGUCCGACCGUCUCGAAGGGACACGAGGAGUACUACCACAAGUGAAGAAAAGGGGUCGACCCAAAGGACACUGUCUCCAGGCAGUGAAAUUGUUUACCCGACAGGAUGGAGGCUUAUCCUCACUGCCACAGGGCUUUUGAUUGGCUUCUUUCUAUCCAAUCUAGAUGUGACAAUCGUGAGCUCUUCGCUCACAAACAUCACCGAUAGCCUCGAUGGUUUCGAGAAACGGAGCUGGAUUAUCACCGGAUACUUAGCCACUUAUACGGGUUUCAUGGCCAUAUGGACUAAAGCCAGCGACAUCAUCGGGCGAAAACAAACAACAAUUGCUGCUCUUGUGAUUUUGCUCGCAUUUUCAAUUGGAUGCGGGUGCGCUCAGACAGUGAAUCAGCUGAUCAUAUUUCGAGCUCUUCAAGGAAUUGGAGGUGCCGGUGCAUAUGCGCUUGCGAUUCUCUGCAUAUACGAGAUCGCUCCAAAAUCAAAACUUCCAACAUACAGUGGCCUCAUGUCAUGCUGCCUUACCCUGGCUUGCCUGAUCGGACCCAUCAUCGGAGGAGCCCUUGCGGAGGACUCGGCGUGGAGAUGGGUGUUUCUUAUCAAUGCUCCAUUCUGCGCUAUCGCAAUCGCCAUAAUCAUGAUUGCGAUGCCCAAGAAUUUCGGUCUUGAUCAACACACACCUUCAUUCAGAACACGGGCAUCAUACCGUUCCUUUGCUAAUCUUGACCUCGUGGGAUCGGUGCUCAUGAUAAUCGGUUCGUUCUUGAUCGUCACAGUAUUGAACGAAACGAAUCUUGCAUUUUCGUGGACUUCGGGAGGCGCGAUUGCACUUCUUGUAUUAACAGGUGUUUCUUGGAUCGCAUUCUUUGCGUGGGAGUGGUACAUAUCGGGAAUUCCUGGAAAAGAUCCAAUCUUUCCCAAGCGUUGGUUCUUUGAUCGUCCAUGGAUGGGUAUUCUCAUUACCUCGUUCGUAACCGGCGCACCCUUCAACGUUGUUUUGGUUUAUGUCCCACAGCAAGCCCAGAUCCUGCUCGACAAAUCGCCUCUUGACUCGGGCAUCUACCUAAUCGGAUACUCUGCGGUUGCGGCAGCUGCCGCUGCGCUUAUCAAUAUUGUCAGCUCCAAGGGUCGUAUACCCUUCAUUUAUUCUCUGCUCGUGGGCUGCGUGGUGCACACCGUCGGCGUCGGGCUUCUCUCUACCAUUGCCACAUCACACGGAUUCCGAGCCACCGAUAUUGUCUAUGGAGUCAUAGCCGGCAUUGGGAUGGGUUUAAUUCUGGGUGUUCUGAUGCUAGCAACACCAUACAUAGUCGAGGACAGAGAUCUCGCGAUCGCCACUGGCACCGUGGUUCAGCUUCGAUUUUUGGGCGGCGCUAUGGGUCUCGCCAUUGCCUCGAAUAUCCUCAACGGUCACCUGGCACAUCAUUUGCAGAAUAUUCUUUCACCGCACGAACUACAUUUAUUCCUUGAGAACGUGAAGUCAAUCACCAACUUUUCACCACAAUUACAAGAUACAGUCAAGGGUUUCUUUGCCGCAAGUUACAACACCCAGUUGAGGGUGAUGAUCGGGUUCGCGGCUGCACAGCUUCCAGCAGUCCUCCUACUCAUCAAGCCAGGUCAGCGACAACUUGCGGCUGAUAGAGCGGCUGGAGGAUAAGAGUCAUCUGUUAACCUUACAUUAUUUAUAUGCAUCUUUCAUUCAGCGAGGGAGUACUUUGAUCAAUUUGAAAUUUCAUUGCGGGUUCUAACAUCUACUUCAAAAUGACUUGCU